UGCAGUGAUGUAGCCCACGCUCCACCUCUGUUAAGCGAAUAGUUUGUACACUGAGAUAUGUUUUUAUACAGCGAACAAGACUGAACAGUUGAUGAUUAGUUCUAGCUAAUUUCCAUCACAUACCACCUCACCCUGACUUGACCCUACGCUAGGACCAAUCGCUCUCUGUUCAUUCCCGAACUCCGUCAGUGAAGAUGGCGCAGGCACUAUCGGAAGAGGAGUUCCAUCGAAUGCAGGCUCAGCUUCUUGAGCUAAGAACACAGAACUAUCAACUCUCUGAUGACCUACGAAAGAACACAGCCGAACUCAACAAUGUCAAACAGAAGACCUCAACCUUGGAGAAGGAUUAUAUCAAAGCACAGAAAGCACUGAACAAGAGCAAGAAAGCUCAGGAAGUGGAGGCCCUGCUGAGCGAGAAUGAGAUGCUACAGGGGAAGCUGCACAGCCAGGAGGACGACUUCAGACUGCAGAACAGCACCCUGAUGCAGGAGCUGUCCAAGCUCUGCUCCCAGAUCGAGCAGCUGGAGCAGGACAACCAGUCUCUGCGAGAUGGCAAGGGCCUGCAAGCCGCGGCCCCCAGCCCCACCACCUCCUCCCCGGGGCCCACGGACGGGGAGCUGCUCCGGCUCCAGGCUGAGAACGCCGCCCUGCUGAAGAAGAUGGCAGCCCUUCAAGAGCGCUUGGAGAGCCAGACGAGGAGCCCACGGGGAUCUGAGGUCACUGACGGCGUUGCCACGGUGGUUGAUGGUGCUGCUGUGGACAGUAAUGGGCUGCAGAUGCACUCAGACGCCACAGGGGGCGCCAGCACAGAGGAUGGAGAGAGGCUCGUGCAGGCGGAGGGCAAGUGUGCCAGUCUGGAGCAGCGGGUGAAUGAGCUGAGUGAGGUCGAACUGAAGCUCCAAACUGAGAUGGAAGAAAAACUGCUGCUUAAGGAACAGCUUCAGACGGUUGAGUCAUCCAAACAGGCAGAUGUGAGCAAACUUAAUGAGGAACUGGCAAAGCUCACGGAUAAACUGAAGAAAAAGCAGGAGAGCUUUCUGAGGCUUCAGAGUGAAAAGGAAGUCCUGUACAAUGACAGCAGGACGAAGAUCGAUGAGAUCCAGCAGAGGAAAGAGGAGGAGCUCAAGUCCAUGCACAUCCGCAUCCAGAAACUACAGGCUGACCUCGCCUCAGCCAGUCAGAGUAUAUCUGAGCUGAAGGAGCAGCUCCAGAGUAAAGAGAAGGAGCAUGAGGCAGCUCUGCACUCACUCAAGGAUCAGGUAGCGUGUCAGAGUGCGGUGAGUCAGGAGCAGGUGGAGGGCAUGCUGAGCGAGAACGAUGCCCUCAGGACUAACCUAGCCGCCCUAGAACAGAUCCAAACAGUGAAGACUCAGGAGAUGAAUCUGCUGCGGGAUCAGAACAUGGCCCUGAGUGCGGAGCUGCAGCAGAGGAGGACUGACCAGGAGAGCUUCAUGGCCCAGAAGGACGACCUCAACUCACAGCUACAGGAGGCGAAUCGUGCCAACGCUAGACUCCUGGAGCAGCUGAAUGAGCUGGGGCAGGAGAAGGAGAGGCUACAGCAGGACCUGGAGGAGGCCAAGAAGACGGCAGACAAGCGUAAGGGCAUGCUUGACGAGCUGGCGAUCGAGAUGGCGCAGGAGAAGUCGCGGCACAAGGAGGAGCUGAGCGACGUGCGGCUGCAGCACGAGAAGGAGGUGCUCAGCGUACGCGCCCGCUACGAGAAGGAGCUACGCGGCCUCCACGAAGACAAGAACCGCACAGAGGAGGAGAUCCGCUCUCAACUGAGAGAGGAGAAGGCGCGUACCAAAGAGCUGGAGGGUCUUCAGCAAAGUGUGGAGGAGCUGCAGGCCCAGGUGCAGUCCAUGGAGGGCACCAAGGGCUGGUUUGAACGCCGGCUCAAAGAGGCCGAGGAGAGCAUAGAGAAGAGUCUUCUGGACCAUCAGGAGGAGAUCCAGAAACUGCAGAAGGAACAUGCUGUACAGCUGGAGGGUAAGGAAGGCGAGGUGGAGGCAGUGAAGCAGCAGCUAGCUGAGGGGGAGAAACAGAUGGAAGCGCACGAGGCCUCCAUCAUAAAACUCAAACAGGAGAUUAAAGACACGGUGGAUGGACAGAGAAUCCUGGAGAAGAAGGGAAGCUCUGCGCUGAAGGACCUGAAGAGGCAGCUGCACCUGGAGAGGAAGAGGGCCGACAAGCUGCAGGAGAGACUGCAGGAGAUCCUCACCAACACUAAGACGCGCACAGGCCUGGAGGAGCUGGUGCUGUCUGAGAUCAGUUCCCCAAGCCGCACGCAGCAGACUGGGGACAGCAGCAGCGUCUCCUCCUUCAGCUACCGCGAGAUGAUGAAGGAGGGAGCCGCCAACCAGAGCACUAACAAGUCCAAUACCGGUAGUCCUCAGUCUCAGCGUCCGGCUGACCUGUCUGAUGAUGAGGUGGGGGAGCUGUUCCAGAGGCUGGCCGAGGUCCAGCAGGAGAAGUGGCUACUGGAGGAGAAGGUGAAACACUUGGAGGUGAGCUGCUCCUCGAUGGCAGAUGACAUCUGUAAGAAGAGCGCCAUCAUCGAGACCUACGUCAAUGUCAGCAGGAGAGACGUGUCGGGGGCGGCUACAGUGGCCCACGGGGCUCCGGGGGAGCGCAGCGGUCUGGGCUCGGUGCUGCGGGACCUAGUCAAGCCGGGAGACGAGAACCUGCGCGAGAUGAACAAGAAGCUGCAGCACAUGCUUGAGGAACAGCUGACCAAGAACAUGCACCUACAAAAGGACUUGGAGGUCCUGUCUCAGGAGAUUGUCCGCCUCAGCAAAGAUUCGCAACCCAGCAAGGAGCCAGACACUACGGGCUAGAGAUGACGCUCUGAGCUGGGGCUGGAGCUUGGACUGGGACUGGGCCUGGCCGGCUCACUCGUUCACACGGACGCUUGCCCUUAAAAACACAGACGAAACCGAAUGGAAAAAAAAGAAACACACGAAGAAACACAAACACACACACUCACACACACAUACACAAAUCUCUUCCUGACAUCCUCUCAUCACUCUCUCUCUCUGUCUAUGCGAAGAAGAGGAUUACGCCCGUCCUUGUGCUUUUGUGUGUGUGUGCGCGUGGGCGUGCGUGUGUUUGACUGAAGACGGUCUUCUCCGGUCAAGAAGAAGAUAACUGCAAAGGGUUGAGUCGGGUGACUGACAGGGUGGUUGGUUUUAUAACUUAUUUACUACUGAAUGUACUUGCUGUUUGUUGUUGCUGUCUAUUAUUUUUUCGCCUCUUUUGUCUCAGUUAUCCUGCGAAAGGAGAAAAACAACAAAAAAAUAAAAUACACAGACCAGAUUUUUAAAAGAAAUGCAAGUAGCAUAUACCCCCCAUCCGGUAAACAAUGGCUGCUUAGAGAUCUGCAGAUCUGGCUGUAGGCCUGUGUCAGAAGUUCUAGGAGAGUGUACCUUGUGCGUGUGUGUGUUCGUGCUUGUGUGUGCGUGUCUGUCUGUAUUUGUGUCCAUGUGUGUGUGAGAGGGACGGUCUUGCUGGAAUUUAAGUGUGUGCGUGCGUGAAUGCUUGUGCGCGUGCACAGACCUUUGUGUUUGUGUCCGUGUGAGAGUGUUUGGAGGCAGAACUCAAAAGACCACUGACUGAGAUCCAGAGGGCAGACUGGCUGACCCUGUCUGGCUGCAGAGCUCUGUACUGUAUCCCACUUGCCUAUACACGACAGGCUCUCGCUUGCUGCACCAGCCUACACUUUCAUUUCAUACACGUACAGUAUAUAUAGUAUAUAUAUAUAACCAGUUUUUGUCCUUUUCACUGUCUAAAAAGGCUCUUACUUGAUUUAUGUUACUUGUUUUUUGUUCAUUGUAUGUGAGUGCUGUACAUAUAUAUUAUAUAUACAUGAGUUGCUAUGAUGAUUGAGUUGACUGUAAUUUAUAAGGCGUCUUCUGAUAUUGAGACUCUUGUGCGUCUGAAGCAGUAUGAUGUACAGUAGAUGCUGAGAGAAAAAAAGAGAGAGAAAAACCAAAACGGUAGCUCUUUGACACACUUCAUGAUCCUAAAUCGAGUUCAGAAAGUCAUUUAAGUUCAUCAAAAGCUCAUUAAGGUGAACGGUUUAGGAAAGACAAAGAGAGAAGAGAGAAAAACGAGUCGUCCUAUUUGUGGCAAUGGGGUUUUUAUAGCCUGGUGCUCAUUGCAGCAUGUCUGUGGCAGGGUAUCGGCAACCUGAACCUUUACACAUACACACACACACACACCACAUACACACUAUGCCAGCUCUCCCUCCCCAUUUUUUUCUUAUGAAGUCAUCAUCUCUCAUUGCUUAGCCCAUCGAUUUUGAUCGCUCCUCCCUUCCAGCCUAUCAGACUGACACAGCCAAUCAUGCUGUAAAAACGUUUAUGGUACCCAGUAACCCCACCUCCACCACCCCCACACCACCCCCCCAUGCUGUGACGCUAACUUCCACUACAGCUCGUGCGAAUCUGCAGUGACGGUUCCAUUAGGCUUCAAUGAGCUUGAAUGCGCUAGUGCUAAACCGUGUCGACACAGCUUUGGCGUGCAGUGCUUCUUAACGGCUCAGUAGGCAAUGGCAGUUUUGUGUAGGUAACUGUAAGGUGCAUCAUAUCUAUUUCAUUCGCCGCCCCUUCAUACACCAACACAACACCGACCCCCUCUCACUGUAGAUAAAAAAACAUGAUAAAUAUACGGGUCAGGUAAUGAUAUGCUUUAGGGUGUGACUCUACAACCUGCACAUAUGACGUCAAUUUUUUUAUUGUUUUUUUUUGCGCAUGAACGUGUAUUUCGCGAUCAUUCCACUUUUGCGCGUAUGUGAAUGUGUCGACUUGUGAGUUAUGAGAUCUGUUGCGAAUGUGAGUACGAGGGGAAAGACAGGCGAGAAGUUGUGCAGUCCAACAGGAAUCCAAGUGUCAGAUUCGACUGCUCGACAGCUGGCCUGUGAAUAUGUUGUGAAGACUAGGCUGAGCUUCAAGGUCUCAUGGUGGGGCAUAGGCAAAGAUGGUGGACUCUUGGAGCGUGUGAAGCCUUUCUUCAGAUCCGAUGCAGUCAAGUUGUGCGUGCGUGAGUGUGUGUGUGUGUAUGUGUGUGUGUUUAUUUGUGUGGUCUGUAUACCUGUACUUUCUAAUCAUGUACUACUCUUAUCAUUUGAUUGUCAUGUAUUGAUUCAUUAAAUAAGAUUUUUUUUUCCUUUUCUGCAUACUGGUAUGUGUACAUUUAAAUGAACUUGAAUGCAGUGAACACACCAUCUUGUUCUUGUUUUGUUUUUUUAUCAUUAUUUGAAGAGAUAUGCCUUUAGACAGUGUUCCAUGGAGAUGUUGCAAUGAAAUGAAAUGUUUUUAGUUUAGUUGCAGCGACCUAUCCCAAAAUGCAUCUGGAAGAGGUCCAUGUUGGACUCGUCCACUGUUUGGUUGUGCUGCUGAUAUUUCAGGCCUUCAGUGAAGUCACAUUUGGAAUGUAUUUAUUUGUCUUUGCAUAUUUUUGUUUUACCUUACGUCAACUGGAAGCUGUCAUGCUAUCAAUCUUGAUAUUUAAUUAACUUGAUGAUAAUUGUUCUUGGCUGUAAAUCUUUUUAAGUGACCAUACUAACUUUCUAUCUAAUGUUUUAUCAAUCAUUAAGUUUUGUUGUCCUAUUAUAUGUGAAAAAUAACACGCAUAACACAUCAUUUUGCAUGUUUCUUGAUCAUGACUUUUUACAAAUAUUCCUUUAUCUUUCAUUUAGGUAGACCUCACCUAAGACGUAACACAUUUGACUUAAAAAUGCAAUUGAACUAACCCAACACGAUUUCUUUAUUAAUUAAAUAGGUUCCUGGCCUGUAAUUUUAAGCAUCUGAUCGGCAUUCAUAUGAGUAUUUAGCUAUUGCUUUUCUCAGAAAAAAAGAAAGAAAAAUUAUAGAGCUCAAUCAAAUUGUUAUUUCUAUUGUUGCCUUCCAAUUUUUUUUUCCUGACGCAGUUUUAUCAUUUGAACUGCCAAAUCAGUACUUCAGCUAUUUCAAACAGUCCCCUUCAUGGUCUCUUCUGUGAUCAAACUCGACAGUCCACAGUAACUUCCAUUCAGACGCCCUUACCCCACCCCUUUAUGACAUAUUUACAUUGGUGCAUUUGUCAGCUGGCUACUCAGCAAAAAUGAUGACUUGCAAUGUCAAUAAAAAAUGGCUGAACAUAA